CCCUCUUUAUCACCCUCCCCGCCCCCCAGAGUUCUCUCCACCAGGUCCAGAGACAAUUGGAUGAUGCAGUCCUCAUAAUCAUCCGAUGAUUGCAGAAUGGGUGGCUGCAUUCCUUUUCUGAAGACAGCAAAGACGCGGUACCCCAGAAUCAUGCCCCCUUUGCUGUUGUUGUCUGCCUUGAUUUUUUUAGUGAACGUCCUGGGAGGAGCCCCAGGACACAACCCGAACCGCAGGGCCAAGAUGAUCUCAAUACAUAGCCUCUCUGAGCUGGAGCGUCUGAAGCUGCAAGAGACUGCUUACCACGAACUCGUGGCCAGGCAGUUCCUCUCUGAAUUCAAACCUGAAAGAGCUCUACCUACUGACCGUCCAAACACCUUGGAGAAGUGGUUUCUGAUUCUGAGAGGACAAGAGAGGGCCGUAUCCCUCAAGACCUUUGGCAUUCGUCUGGAAGAGGUGCUGGUGAACGAGCUUACCCGUCGCAAGCAACUUGAACUGAGAGCCGCGAUGCAGAUUGAAGAAGCCGCCGGUCCCGCUACAACCGGUCGUCGUCGGGGAAACGCGGUGCAAAGAAUGUUUGGCCGCUUCCGGCGCUUUUUCAGUCGCCGACGGGAUGAGCCCUUCCUGCCCCAGGAGUUUACUCGCCGUGGGCGUAGAGGCGCAGUUUCUGUGGACAGCCUGGCUGAACUGGAGGGUGGGGCCCUGCUACUGCAGACCCUGCAACUUUUCAGGAUUUCCUUUCCAAUUGGCCAGCGACUUCUGGGAUCCAAAAGGAAAAUGAGCCUCAAUCCGAUUGCUAAGCAAAUCCCCCAUGUUGUUGAGGCUUGCUGCAGCUUCAUAGAGAAACAUGGCUUAAGCGCAGUGGGGAUUUUCACCCUGGAAUAUUCUGAGAAGAGAGUGCGUAAGCUCCGUGAAGAAUUUGACCAAGGUCUGGAUGUGGUGCUGGAUGACUCUCAGAAUGUACACGAUGUGGCCGCACUCCUCAAGGAGUUUUUCCGGGACAUGAAGGACUCGUUGCUGCCAGAUGAUCUGUACAUGUCCUUCCUCCAGACAGCCACGCUGAAGCCACAGGAUCAGCUUUCUGCCCUGCAAUUGCUGGUUUACCUGAUGCCACCUUGCCACAGUGACACCCUCGAACGUCUGCUGAAGGUCCUGCAUAAGGUCACUGAGAACUGCGAGGACUCCAUUGGCAAUGAUGGACAAUUGGUUUCAGGCAAUCGUAUGACGUCCACCAAUUUGGCUUUGGUGUUUGGAUCUGCUCUCCUGAAGAAGGGGGCAUCUGCCAAGAGGGAGUCCAGGAAAACCAGACUGGGGAUUGACCACUAUGUUGCCUCCGUCAGUGUGGUCCGUGCCAUGAUUGAUAACUGGGAUGUCCUCUUCCAGGUGCCUCCCCAUAUUCAGAAGCAGGUUGCUAAGCGUGUGUGGAAAUCCAGCCCUGAAGCCCUUGAUUUUAUCAGACGCAGGAAUUUGAGGAAGAUCCAGAGUGCACGAAUAAAAAUGGAAGAGGACGCUUUACUUUCUGACCCAGUGGAAACCUCUGCUGAAGCCCGGGCUGCUAUCCUUGGUCAAAGCAAGCCCUUUGAUGAAGGUUCCUCUGAGGAGCCAGCUGUGCCUCCCGGCACUGCCCGUUCCCAUGACGAUGAGGAAGGAGCGGGUAACCCCCUCAUUCUGGAGCAAGACCGCCCAUUGCUCCGUGUGCCCCGGGAGAAGGAGGCCAAAACUGGCAGCGGCUACUUCUUUCCUUAGAUGUUUUUCCUUCUCUGUGGUGCCGGACAGGGGGAAAGGGUGGGGGUAGACCUGGGAUGUCACAGGAAACAUUAAGGAGAGUCUCGAAGGUAAAGAUCUGAGGGUAAGCAGGAGUUCUACCUGAUGGCUCGGGUCAGGCUGAGAAUUCCAAACACACUGCCAGCCCCUUUCCUGGGGAUGUUUGGUUCCUUCUGCUGGUAAAAGCAGAGAUGUUUCUGUGUCAUGCUCAGGCGCCCUGGUGCUACCUUGCCUCUCUCUUUUACCCCUGAUCCUGGCUUUCCCCUUACUUCAGCCGUCCCUUUCAUUGAUGUGACAUUUGUGGUAAAAUACCUGUCCCAGAGAAGCUCGCAAAUCUCGAGGUGCUUUCCCUCCCCCAAAGGGGAUUGCAUGCUUUUCCUGACUUUCCUACCCUCCUCCUAAGAGCUCAAUUGGAAAGGCCCUCAAGACGCAUGCUAGGAUGUUAGGUCAGCCUCCUGACAGCUGACUAACAAUUAAUGCUCGAUCAUGUCACACCAACUCAUAGCCGUGUCCCCGCAGUCACUCCACUGCCUCAGGAUAAAUUUUCCAAAUUAUUCAGGCCAGUGGUUCUUCAAACAGCUACUCCCCAAAUACUGAGAAACCCAACGAGCUUUUCUGGAGUCAAAAGUUAGAGGAAAAAUUUGACUUUAUUACCUAGAUCCAUUUUACAGAGAGCUGGCAGGCACAUCCUGUUGUCAGCAAAACAGCUAGUUAGGUAUGAACACGUAGUUCCAAGUAGUAAAACUCACCUGAUUACAAAAGUUCUAAAUUAUCAUCUCUGUAGUUCCUCUAUGCGGGACAGUACAAAUUUGCGGGACAUGCUCCGGUAACACACAGAUAUGGGUUACGUAUGACAUCCAAAAUUAUAGCUGUUAUUGAGGCGUAACAACGGCCAAGGUCCAUAGAAUGAAGAGUGUACUGUAUUGAGGGAUAGAAAUUGAUCACACAAUGGGUAACAACCACAGAGCUCGAAGAUUUGUGAUAGUUAAAACUUCUCUGGCAUUUAAUCCUUAAUAAACAUCUGUAUUGUGGCAGCAGCAUA